UUGCCGCUCGUCGCCCCCUUCUCUUAGCGUUUUCAGAACUUUGAGCUAAUCGGCAAACUUCAGUGAUCUUCUACAACAUGGCGACGCAAAUCAGCAAGAAGAGAAAGUUUGUAGCGGACGGUGUGUUCUACGCUGAAUUGAAUGAGGUUCUGACCAGAGAGCUAGCGGAGGAUGGAUACUCAGGUGUGGAGGUUAGGGUUACUCCAAUGAGGACCGAGAUUAUCAUCAGAGCCACUCGUACCCAAAAUGUUCUAGGUGAGAAGGGGAGGAGGAUCAGGGAGCUGACAUCACUUGUGCAGAAGAGAUUUAGGUUUCCUCAAGACAGUGUUGAGCUUUACGCUGAGAAGGUUGCCAACAGAGGUCUCUGUGCCAUUGCUCAGGCUGAGUCUCUCCGUUACAAGCUCCUCGGUGGUCUUGCCGUUCGCAGGGCUUGCUAUGGUGUCUUGAGAUUCGUCAUGGAGAGUGGAGCUAAGGGAUGUGAGGUGAUCGUGAGUGGAAAGCUCCGUGCAGCACGUGCCAAGUCCAUGAAAUUCAAGGACGGUUACAUGGUUUCCUCUGGUCAACCUACCAAGGAGUACAUCGACUCUGCUGUCAGACAUGUUCUCCUCAGACAGGGUGUGCUUGGAAUCAAGGUGAAGGUCAUGCUUGACUGGGAUCCUAAGGGACUAACGGGACCAAAGACACCAUUGCCUGAUGUUGUCAUCAUCCAUUCUCCCAAGGAAGAAGAAGUAAGCUCUGCACCUGCUCAGGUUGAUGCUCCGGCUGCUUUUGUACCCGAAGCUCCCCUCACAGCCGUAGAUUACCCUGAGAUGAUCCCUGUCGCCUAGAAAGGAAUACCUUUUUUUUUACUACUAUUCCAUUUGAUUUUGUUUUUUUUUUGUUCUUGGAAUCAGACACCUUUCCAAAUCUUAUUUCUAAAAUUAUCUCAAGUUUCCAGUGUGUAAUGGCUUUUGGAUCCAAAAGUUUAUUUCUCUUUUUAAUUUUCAAGAAAGCUCUUGUAUUUGCGAUAUACAAAAACCAAUUUGAAAUAA